CAUACACACACACACACACACAGUGCUGAGAGCUAGCAAGGGGCUUUAAACAGCUUCAUACGAAACAGAGACAAAAGGACUGUAACCUGCCACAAUGGAGGAAAACAUGGAUGAAUCGCAAAGCCAGAAAGGCUGUAAGGAGUGCUGUGAGCGGUGUGUGGGCAGUCUGCCCUGGGCCUCUCUCAUAGCUACCAUCCUCCUCUACAUGGGCGUGGCCUUGUUCUGUGGGUGUGGCCAUGAGGCUCUGAGCGGCACCGUCACCAUCCUGCAGAACUACUUUGAAGUCAUCAGAGCUCCAGGGGAGACGCUGGAUGUGUUCACCAUUAUCGACAUCCUGAAGUACAUCAUCUACGGCCUUGCAGCUGGAUUCUUUGUGUUUGGCGUCCUGCUGCUGGUCGAGGGCUUCUUCACCACCGGAGCCAUCAGGGACCUGUAUGGAGAGUUCAAGAUCACCGCCUGUGGACGCUGCCUCACUGCGUUUCUGAUGUUCCUGGCCUACCUGUUCUUCCUGGUGUGGCUCGGAGUGACGGCGUUCACCGGUCUGCCCGUCUUCAUGUACUUCAACGUCUGGUCCAUGUGUCAGAACACCAGCCUGGUGGAGGGAGCCAACCUGUGCCUGGACCUACGUCAGUUUGGAGCAGUGACCAUCUCUGAGGAGAGGAAGGUGUGCACAGGGUCCGAGAAGUUCUUCAAGAUGUGUGAAUCCAACGAGCUGGAUUUGACCUUCCAUCUGUUUGUGUGCGCGCUGGCAGGAGCAGGAGCUGCUGUCAUCGCCAUGGUCCACUUCCUGAUGGCUCUAGCUGCUAACUGGGGCUACUUGAAGGACGCCAGCCGGAUGCAGAAGUACGAGGACAUCAAGUCGAAGGAGGAGCAGGAGCUGCACGACAUCCACUCUACACGCUCCAAAGAACGCCUCAACGCUUACACAUAAACACAUCGCUCCGGGAAACGACAUGCACACACACCUGUCAGACACAUAAGA